AUGGCGCAAAGGCUCUUCUUCCCCCCUCUCCCCCACCCCCUCCCCUCUCUUUGUGUGCCACCGCCCGGUAGGCACCCGUUGUUCCCCCUCUUAGCUCUGGUCUUUGAGAAGUGCGAGCUGGCGACCUGCACGCCCCGGGAGCCCGGCGUGGCCGGCGGGGACGUCUGCUCCUCCGACUCCUUCAACGAGGACAUCGCCGUCUUCGCUAAACAGGUCCGCGCCGAAAAACCACUCUUUUCUUCAAAUCCAGAAUUGGACAAUUUGAUGAUCCAAGCAAUACAAGUACUAAGGUUUCAUCUUUUGGAAUUAGAAAAGGUUCAUGAAUUGUGUGAUAAUUUCUGCCAUCGGUACAUUAGUUGUUUGAAAGGAAAAAUGCCAAUAGACCUCGUUAUUGAUGAAAGGGAUGGCAGCUCCAAAUCAGACCAUGAAGAACUCUCAGGAUCUUCCACAAAUUUAGCCGAUCAUAAUCCUUCAUCUUGGAGAGACCACGAUGAUGCAACCUCAACGCACUCGGCAGGCACACCAGGGCCCUCCAGCGGGGGCCACGCUUCCCAGAGUGGAGACAACAGCAGCGAGCAAGACUGCCAGCCAAAUGAACACUUUAGGAGGAGGUGCAUAUAUAUGUCCGCAGCACCCAGCGGGUUAAUCCACCCUACUGUGCAUAGGUGUUGGAGCUCUUAUGGUGAUGGUUUAGACAACAGUGUAGCCUCACCUGGUACAGGAGAUGACGAUGACCCAGACAAGGACAAAAAGCGUCAGAAGAAAAGAGGCAUUUUCCCCAAAGUAGCAACAAAUAUCAUGAGAGCGUGGCUUUUCCAGCAUCUCACACAUCCAUAUCCUUCAGAGGAGCAGAAGAAACAGUUAGCCCAAGACACAGGACUUACAAUUCUACAAGUAAACAACUGGUUUAUUAAUGCCAGAAGAAGAAUAGUACAGCCUAUGAUUGACCAGUCAAAUCGAGCAGGCAAGUUCCAAGUAGUAUCUGUAUUCAAGUCCCACAGGCGCAAAUCCUCAUCAAGUUAUUCUUCAGGAGUCCCAUCACCUGGUUUUCUUCUUGAUCCUUCAGUGAGCCAAGGAGCAGCAUAUAGUCCAGAGGGUCAGCCGAUGGGAAGCUUUGUGUUGGAUGGUCAGCAGCACAUGGGAAUCCGGCCUGCAGGUUUGCAAGGCAUGCCAGGGGACUACGUAUCUCAGGGUGGUCCUAUGGGUAUGAGUAUGGCACAGCCAAGUUACACUCCUCCCCAGAUGACCCCACACCCAACUCAAUUAAGACAUGGACCCCCAAUCCAUUCAUAUUUGCCAAGUCACCCCCAGCACCCAGCCAUGAUGAUGCACGGAGGACCCCCUACCCACCCUGGAAUGACCAUGUCAGCACAGAGCCCCACAAUGUUAAAUUCUGUAGACCCCAGUGUUGGUGGACAGGUUAUGGACAUUCAUGCCCAAUAGUAUAAGGGAACUCAAGGGAAAAACAAAACAAAAACAAACAGAAACUAUUUUAAGACUUUUGAACUUUGACCAGAUGUUGACACUUAAUACGAAAUUCCAGACAGCUGUGAUUAUUUUUUACUUUUUGUCAUUUUUCAUCAACAACAGAGGACCAAUGAAACAAGAACACAAAUGUGAAAUCAUGGGCUCACUGAAAUGAAUAUGUCCAUGUACAGAUCCUCUGGAAAAAAAAAAGACUCCAAGAGUUAUAACUACUGUAGUAUAAACAUAGGAACUAAGUUAACUUGUACAUUUCUGUUGAUCACUCCGUUACGUUGCCUCAAAUAGUUUUAGAAGAAAAAAAAAUCCUUGUUUUCCACACUAUGUGUGUUGUUCCCAAAAGAAUGACUGUUUUGGUUCAGCAGUGAAGUCACUAUCCAUGAAAGACCUGUUUUGGCCAGUGAGAAAAGAACUACCCUGGAGAUGAAGAUGAAAAGUCUUGCUGGGUCUCUCAUCACUCAGAAGACUGUUCCAAGAAGGCCUUGCCAUUCCCUCAUUUUGUUCCUUCAUAAAAUGUGUCCUUUAGUUUCAAACAGAUCUUUAUAGUUUGUGCUUCAUUAAGUCUCUCCCCAUUCCUCCCAAUCUAUUUUUUUUUUUUUUGGACUCUUCUUCAAAGAGCUUGCAGGUGAAGAUUUAAAAGACAGAACAGACAGAGCAGAAGCUUCUUCCAGUAGUUCUGAGCCUUGGCUUUGGACAAAAAACUAAAAGUUGGGCAGCUUUCCUCAAUGAAAGAAGUUACUAAUGGUCUUUGCACCAAACCUAGGACUUUAUCAUGAACUCAAAGCUUGGGAAAAAAGCAAGAGAAUACUGUAACAAACUUCGUACAGAGUUCGGUCUAUUAAUUGUUUCAUGUUAGAUAUUCUAUGUGUUUACCUCAAUUGAAAAAAAAAGAAUGUUUUUGCUAGUAUCAGAUCUGCUGUGGAAUUGGUAUUGUAUGUCCAUGAAUUCUUCCUUUCUCAGCACGUGUUCCUCACUAGAAGAAAAUGCUGUUACCUUUAAGCUUUGUCAAAAUUUACAUUAAAAUACUUGUAUGAGGACUGUGACGUUAUGUUUUAAAAAGAAAAAAAAAAGGUGUUAAGUCACAAAAUGCGGUAAUAAAUAUUUCAUUUUUGAUUUUUU